AUGGCCAAGCUAUUAGGAGAGAUGGGUCGUCCCAAAGACGCACGCCAAGUGUUCGAAGAAAUUCUCCAACGAAACCCGCUUUCCUUUGAGGCUUUGUUCGAGAACGCGUUGCUCAUGGACAGGUAUGGGGAAGGAGACGUGGGGCUGCAGAGGCUGGAAGAUGCGUUGGCUGUUGCUGAAGAUGAGAAUAUGGUGAAGGAGAUUAGGGAUGUGAGGCUGAUCAUUGCGCAGAUACAAUUCUUGCAGAAGAAUGUGGAUGAAGCAUUGAAGAGCUAUGAGCAGUUGACGAGAGAGGAUCCUAAGGAGUUUAGGCUGUAUUUCUGUAGAGGUAUGAUUUAUAGUUUGCUUGAUAAGAAUGUUGAAGCUAAGGAGCAGUUUGCGAAGUACAGAGAGCUGUCUCCAAAGAAGAUUGAAGUUGAAGGGUAUGCGUCAACUGAAAACCUUUAG